CGUUACUCCAUCAUCUUCAUCAUCACCAUUUUCAUCGGAGGAAAUUGAAGUUUUCAACGAUGGCUGAAGUCGACCUGCAAAGAAUACUGACAGAGAUAGAGAAGCGACGAGUGAGGUGCAGAAAGCAGGAGUCGGCCGCCCCGGAAGAAUCCCUGCAGAUGAUGCGAGACAUGUAUGCGGAAUGGAUUAAUAACGACUAUGACAAGGACAUGGAAGUUCUUGGUUUCAAAAGCCCAUUCGAAUUAGCGGAGACAAUAUCACUCUUCAUCAGCGACAAAAACAGCCGAGUACUGGACUGCGCAUCCGGGACGGGCCUCUUGGGUCUAGAGCUUAAGAAACGCGGGUACAUUCGCAUAGAUGCUCUGGAUGCCUCUAAGGAAUCCUUAGAUUACAGCCGAGGGAAGCAAGUGUAUACCAACUACUUCUGCGAGUACCUGGGACAUAAUCGCCUACCCAUUGAGAAUGGUACUUAUGACGCAAUCUGUAUGAGCGCUGCUUUUGGUAACACCCAUGUACGCCCCGACUGCUUCUCGGAGUUACUUCGCAUAACCAAACCAGGAGGCUACGUAAUUUUCAACGUGCGUGCAGAGAACCUCAUCCUCGAUGAAUGCUGCAAAAGUGGCAAGCUGGAUGACGUCAUCCACAAAAUGGCAGCCAAAGGAAAGGUUGAAUUUCUGGAGAAAAAGCGGCAUGUGUACAUGCAGUGCGAACAAAACGGCAAUACAGAGUACUGCUAUGCCUUUGUGCUGAGGGUGAUUGGAAAUAAGUGAACAUUUUGUUGAGUUCGAUGACAUGAAGUUUACACAUAACAUUUUGCAU